AUGGCGAACUUUGAUGACCAAAAAGCGUACGCUACACAAGAAAACACCUUCUUUGAUGAUGGACGCGAAGAAGAGCUCGUGGAAUUUGUUACGAACCACCCAAGAAAAGAUGAGAUCAAAGGAUCCCCAGAGAAAGUCCUGCAGGCCAUCGAUGAAUUUGGCCGAACGAAGAAGUAUCUGAUGAACGUGGGCGAAGACAAGGGAAAGAUUGUCACAGACACAAUCAAAGAAAACAGACCUCAAGUGAUGGUGGAAUUAGGAGGAUACGUGGGCUACUCUACUAUCCUCUUUGGCGCGGCAGUACGCGAAGCUGGAGGCAAGAGAUACAUCUCACUCGAAAGAAGUCCGAAAUUUGCAAAAGUUAUUACGGACUUGGUAAAAUUUGCAGGCUUAGAUGGAUUCGUGGUUGUUUCGGUCGGACCAAGCAGUGACGGGAUCAGGAAGCUCCAUGGCGCUGGGCUUGACACGAUUGACAUGAUGUUUCUAGACCACUACAAGCCAGCUUACACCACUGAUCUGAAGCUCUGUGAGCAUCUGGGACUGAUCAAGAAGGGUACGGUGCUUGCGGCUGAUAAUGUCAUCAAGCCUGGAAACCCACCUUACUUGGAAUACGUACGAAGUACUCCCCAAGAAAAGAGGAAGAGGUUGACGGAAGAGAGAAAAUUGGAUACGGACAAUUUCGCAAAACGUACUGCGGAACAAUACGGUCAAGUUGAAGAGUUGAGUAGAGAGGCGCAGGGCAAUCCUAACAUCAUCUACGAGAGCAAGCUUAUCAACAGCUUCGAGCCCACUGGAGAACCGGAUGGGGUAGAAAUUACGAAAUGUGUGGGGUUUAAGGAGGAAUCGCAGUGA